UCGUCUCCGGAUUUAGUGCAGACGGCACGACCUGAAGGCACGACCUGAAAUCCCAAACAAUGCGCUUGAACUUCCUCUGAACAGGCGUAUUGCUGAAAAGCCAACGUCUUCUGUGGAAACUUCUGGAACUAAACUGAUGGAAGUCCUUCAAGUUUGAAAAAUCGUUUUUCAAGAGUUAUAGCCUACUGAGAUGAAGUUGGAAGGUUUGUUGUGGCUUUGUGCUUCACCCACAAACAGAGACUCUGAAAAUUUGCAAGUUCACAAGUAAAAGAUCUCCCCCACGCAUGUGAAAAUGCUUGUUCCGCUGGCACUAAUUCUCAGCCUCCAGGCAGUUCUGCACAUUAAGCAUGCAAAAGCAAGGCAGUCAUGCACAAUAGCAUUUGAUGAGCUUUCAGCAGACUGCAAAGGUCUACGACUCGACAGUGUGCCUAUAACACAACUGCCUGACUCUCUGGAAGAGCUCGAUCUGUCUUUCAAUACCAUAUACAUCAUCCGCAAACAAGACUUUUUCAAACUCAGUCAUCUGCGAGUCCUCAAGCUUAAUUUCAACAACAUCUCUCUAGUUCUGGAUGAUGCCUUUCAGGGAAACCUGCUGCUAGAGGAGCUAAACUUAUUCAAUAACUCCUUGACGGAAAUCCCAUUUAAAGCCCUUGAGCCACUCACUAAUUUGAAGGUUUUAGAAAUGUCCAAUAAUCUGUACUCACAAGCAUCUUUGGGUGCUGCUUUCUUGAAUUUCAACCAGUUGAAAGUGCUGUCCAUUGGCGGACCCCUGGUCAGUAGUUUGGGAAGCCAUGACAUUUAUGUGUUGAAAAACAUUUCGUUAGACAAGUUUGCUGUAAAAACUGGCACUGGUUUUAGGGAUUAUGAACCAGGGUAUUUCAAAAGCCUCAGCACAAAGCACUUGUGGUUUGAUAUAACUUUUGACAAAAAUCCUGAUUUACUUCCUAAGAUGUUGAAAGAUCUGGCUGACAAGACGUUUGAUGUGCUACGUUUCAGAAACCUUUUUGAAUUUCAGUAUUACACCGGUGAGCGGGACAUUUUUUACGGCCUGCAGUAUGUAAAUGCUCAAACCCUAACCUUCUAUCGAGGUAAAUUCAAUGAAGAAGUUAUGAGAAUGGCUCUGAAAAAUGUGGAGAUCAGUCCAAUCACAGCCCUGGAGCUGCUGCUCAUCGAUUUCGCCCGUUCUCAGAACAGAACACAGGGAUCCAGUGUGAAGAACUUGUCCUUGGACAGGCUGGUUCUCUCGGACAUCAGUAAUCCAGAUAUAAUGCGCUUCGACUGGAGCUUCACAUGGCUUAAUCACGUUCGCAAAUUCAUUGUACGGAAUGUAAACUUCAACAGUGUCCCCUGCGACUCGUGGCCGGAGAUGAAGAGUGUUGAACUUCUGGACAUCUCUAACAACCAGCUGAUGGACAGUUAUAUAUACAACCCGCUAUGUGAUACCAGGAACACAUUGCAUAAGCUGGAAACCUUUAACGUCAGUCAUAAUCGACUCACCAGCCUCAGUGACUUGGCAUCUCUGACUAAAGAUUUUGUCAAGCUAACAACAAUCGAUAUGAGCCACAACCAGCUGCAAUACCUGGGCAACGGCGCCUGUGACUGGAGACGAACCAUCACCAAAGUGAUCGGUCAUCACAAUAGUUUAACAAGCGACAGUUUUAAGUGCCUCCCCACUUCGGUAAGCUUCCUGGAUCUCUCAUACAGCAGUCUAGACCAGCUGGACAUGGAUUAUUUCAAUAAAGCCUCAGAGUUAACUGAGCUUCUCCUCAGCGGAAACAAGAUCAAAUUCAUCCCUUCAGGAUGGAAGAAUCGAUAUUUGAGGACGCUGGCUUUAGAUGGAAACUCAUUUGGACUUGUUAGCAUGACGUCUUUUAAGGACAUGCUUAGCCUGCGUGUUUUGACUGCAGGAAACAAUCCUUACCAUUGUACCUGUGAUCUGUACACAUUCAUUCAGGAAACUACAAGCAAAGGCAAGGUGACCAUUACUGACUGGCCCAGCAACUACAAGUGUUACCAUCCUGAGCGUCUUCUCAACACGAUGGUCUCAAAGUACUCCCCGGGUCAUUUAGCCUGUGAUAUAACACUCGUUAUCAUUAUAUCCGUGUCAACAACGGUGGCUGUUGUCCUGGUUAUUAUGCUUCUGUGCUACAUUUUUCAUGUGCCGUGGUACAUUAAAGCUACAUACCAGAUCAUCCGAGCCAAGUACAGGGCCCAUAAGGAAGGUUCAGGUCAGGGGGUGGAUUACGCCUUUCAUGCAUUCAUCUCUUACAGCCAUUCGGAUGCAGACUGGGUCAGAAAUCAUCUGCUUCCUUGUCUAGAGAAUGCGAAGCCUCCUUAUCGGCUCUGCAUCCAUGAAAGAGACUUCAUUCCAGGGAAGUGGAUCAUUGACAACAUCAUUGAGAACAUUGAAAACAGUCGCAAGGUAAUUUUUGUGUUGUCCCAUAACUUCGUCAACAGUGAGUGGUGCAACUACGAGCUCUACUUCGCCCAGCAACGGGCGAUUGGCAAAACAUUCAGUGAUGUCAUCCUGGUCGUGAAGGAGCCCAUUGAUCCCACUUCUCUUCCCAGUAAAUUCUGCAAACUCAAAAGACUGCUCAACACCAAAACCUACCUAGAGUGGCCUCAGCAAGCCACAGAACAGAACUUCUUCUGGAUCCAGCUCAGAAGUGUUCUGGGUAAACCAAACUCUAUAAGGUCGAGAACAACCAGCCAGCAUAGUAGACUGUCUUCAGUGAGGUCUGUUUCAUUAAUAGAGGCACCACAGAAUCAAGAUACUGAAGGCCCGCAUGAAGAUGAUCACCAGAUCAGCCACCAGCCUUCUAAUAGCUGUCAACUAACUUGCAUAGAAGUUGCUUGAAGGACAUCAACAUGCAGGACUUUCAACGUAAAGCGUUAGAGGUGACCAGAUUGAACUUUUAUUUUCGCCCUACAUUCAGAAUAUGAGAUGCAUUAUGAAAGGUGUAAUUGACGAUGAGCUUUUGAAUUAUUCGAAAAUAAUGCAAGCUCAUAAUAAUAAUAACUUACUAGAAUGAAUUAUUUAACUUAUACUACCAUUACAGCACCUAAAGACACCGCUCAGAAGUUGUAUUUCAAGACUUACAUGACUAAUGGUUAGGGAGUUGGACUUGUAAUCAAAAGGUUGAUCCUAGCAGGAAUUUAAAAUGGGGGAUCCAUCUUCAAUACCCAGAAGCAAUGACAACUGCUCUUGGUCGAUGCUCACUAUGUGUGUGCUCUCACUCCUUACUCAAAAUCUGUGUGUGCACAGAGAACCAAUUUUGAGUAUGGGUAAAACCACACUUAACAAGGCUCACUUCACUAGUAGUUUCUUGCACAUCUCAUCUAAAGCCUUUUGUUUUGAUUUUUGACUGUUGUCAAAAUAACUUGCAUUAUCUAUAAUGUGGUACAUGUGGUACCCUUAAAAUAAAUGCAAACCUUAGAAUGUCUAUCAGCCAAUCAGAAUUAAGCAUUCAACUGUAUUAAGUACUAUAUAGUGUGUGAAAACAGUAUGCAAGUCGAGUGUGUUCAAAUUAAUAGGUUGCAUCCAAAGGACAGCUCUAAAAUGUGCUUUUUGGAUGCAGCAUUUUUAAGUAGAAAGCAUUAGG